AAAAGGUGUGGCCAAUGUUGAUCAGGUUACUAUCGCUUUGUACCAAAACACAAAUAGAAGCAGCAAUAUUAACAUUAGUCUUAAUUAAAGGCAUGUAACAUUUAAUCACGGUGCAGUUUUCACCAAUUCCUACCAGCGGCGAUUUAAAAGAAGAUAGACUAAACAAUUAAAGAACAUUAGAAUGGCAAUAGCUGCGUCGACUGGGAAUGGGAAUACAGCUUGGAUGAGUAAGUUACCAGAACCGAUAAGCAACUUACCGUUAUACUACUUGGCGAUUCCAGGAUCCCACAAUUCAUUUUCGGCCGAUUUAGACCGAACACAGGAUGUGUCUAUAGACGAACCAGGUGCCAUCAAAUUUCUAGGCAAAAUAGGUGGCAAAGGUAUAAUAUAUAACUGGGGCAAAUGCCAGACUUUGUCUAUUAAAGAACAGCUUGAAGCCGGUAUUCGAUAUCUGGAUCUGAGAAUUUGCCGCAAUCCUAAGUCAAAACAGUUGACUUUUCUUCAUGGUUUGUAUGGUCGACCAGUAAAGGAGCUGAUAGCAAACGUACAAAGCUUCCUGGAGGUUUAUUCCAAGGAAGUAAUUCUGAUAGACGUCAACCAUCUAUACGGCUGUUCGGCGGAUGACGUACUUCGUGUGUUUGUUUCUAAGAUGGACGAAAAACUCUUGAGCAAAGAUCGUUUGGCAGAUUCAUCCCAACCGCCAUCUUUGAGCAACAUUUGGAACAGUAAAUAUGGGACUCCCAGGGUGAUAUUAUUCCUCCACAAUCAUGCUUGUGGAUUCGACAACCUACGAAUAUACUCGCCAUGGCAUAACACAGAUAAACAUGAAACGUUGUUCCAAAAGCUCGACUCCCAGAAAAAUAAUAAUAAUUGUUUCAACGUUUCACAAGGUGUAUUAACACCGCAGACGAAAACCAUCUUAACAAACCAUUCCCUGAAAACGUUUGUGGACAACACUGGAAUAAAUUCUCGGUUUAUGGAAUGGCUAAAGAAAAAGAAGAGCGGUCAUGAGAGUGGAAUUAACAUAUGUAUAUGUGAUUUUAUUGAGUGUAAUUCUUAUAUUGAUACAGUUAUAGGAAUGAAUACCGAAUCUUGAAUACGAGUCCUUAUUUGGUAAAAAAACAUAAGGCGACAACCCGACAUCACAACAUUUCAACCCGACAUCACGAUAUUUUAACCCGACUUUUCACCCGACACCACGACAUUAAAAUGUCGUAAUGUCGCGUAAAAAUGUCGUAUUGUCGGGUUAAAAUGUCCUGAUGUCGGAUUAUCGUAAUGUCGUGUUGUCGUGUGUCGGGUUAUCUGCCAUUUUCCUCUCUAUACUAUGAUUAUGUACACUGAUCCUGGUCUUGGUCAAAAACGUUCCCUGGCAUUUUGCAGCGCGGCUACUCCAUGUCGGUAGUGCAGAACAAAGGGCCUGGCAAAGAACUGUGUCUAGUAUUGUAGAUGGGACAAAAAAGCAAGCUACUCUGUACACGCUAUGCAAAGUGAUAUUACGGAAAUUUUCAAUGGACCGUGACAUUUCCUCAUCGAAUUUCAACUGAGAAGGAUUCUUUUAUGUAUACGCCAAUGUGUACACAGUAACUUGUUUGGGUUUUUUCCCAUCUACAAUACCAGGGAACUUUCUUGACCAACACCCCACACCAGGAUCAGUGUACAUAAUCAUAGUAUUGAGAGGAAAAUGGCCGAUAACCCGACGCCACGACAUUACGACAACUCGACACCAUGACUUCACGACGAUUUAACCCGACAAUACGACAUUUUUACGCGACAUUACGACAUUUUUAAUGUCGUGGUGUCGGAUGAAGAUGUCGUGUUGUCGGGUGAAAAUGUCGUAUUGUGGGGUGAAAAUGUCGUUAUGUCGGGUUGUCGUGGUGUCGGGUUAAAAUGUCGUGAUGUCGGGUUGUCGCCUUAUGAAGUGCGACACCAUAACAUCACGACAUGAUACCAAUCAGCCACCAUAGUUAUCUCCCUUUUAUUAUCGAAGAUAAUAGAAUUUCAACUGUCUGCUUCGGGAUAUAUUGUAGGUGGCAGACUGUUGAAAUUCUGUCGUUAUCAUAUAUGGCUACAUGAACAUGUGGGUGUAUAAAAAUAAAUCUGUUUAAAAUUAAA